CCACCCCUUGCAGCUGAUAGCUCGCACUCCACCUUCCUUAGGCCAGCACAGCACAGCGCACAGAGCAGGAGCAAACGCUCGCUCUGCCGGAACGUGACAAUGUCGCCCACAGCUUCCCAGCUCGCCGGCGGAGAGCCGUUCCGCGUGUUCGUGGGGUACGACUCCCGCGAGGACAUCGCGUACCGCGUGUGCCGGCGCUCCCUGCUGCGCCGCUCCUCCAUCCCGCUGGACGUGAUCCCCAUCGUGCAGCAGGAGCUCCGCGAGGCCGGGCUCUACUGGCGGGAGCGCGGGCCGACGGAGAGCACCGAGUUCUCCUUCACCCGCUUCCUCACGCCGCACCUCGCGGGCUACCGCGGGUGGGCGCUCUUCGUGGACUGCGACUUCCUCUUCGUCGCCGACGUCGCGGAGCUGGCGCGCCUCGCCGACCCGCGCUACGCCGUGCUGUGCGUGCACCACGACUACGUGCCCAGGGAGGCCACCAAGAUGGACGGCGCCGCGCAGACGGUGUACCCGCGCAAGAACUGGUCGUCCAUGGUGCUCUUCAACUGCGGCCACCCCAAGAACCGCGCCGCGCUCACGCCUGAGGCCGUCAGCACGCAGACCGGCGCCUACCUCCACCGCUUCAUGUGGCUCGACGACGGCGAGGUCGGCGAGGUCCCGUUCGUCUGGAACUUCCUCGUGGGGCACAACAAGGUCGACCCCGCCGACGAGGCCGGGACGGCGCCGCGCGCGAUACACUACACGUCCGGGGGCCCCUGGUUCGAGAGGUACAAGGACUGCGAGUUCGCCGACCUCUGGGUCCAGGAGCGCGACGCCUACGAGGCCGAGGAGGAGAAGGAGAAGCAGGCCGCCGACGAGGAUGACGUCAAGGCCGGCGCCAUACAAAUGGCACCCGCCGUGUCGGUGGACGCAUGAUCGAGACGAUCCCAUCAUAGUCGCUGAGCUGAGGCCGCGCGCGUUUAAUUUAUUUGGUGCUAUUAUAUUUUCUCGCCGAUACGUGUAGUGUGCUAUAAAGUGAGCGGAGGUGUCUGUACCUCGUGCUUAUUAGGAAUCAAACCUCUAGGUUUGACAUGAUCCUGCGUAUGUUAUUAGCUAUAAUAGUCGUGCAGGCGAUGUGUCCAAUCUGUCGGCACGUUAAUCGUUUAUUACUUGUGGUGGAAAUAGUUGUGCAAGCAUUUGUGGAAGGAAGUACUGUAUUUCAAGAAAUAAAUGGACGUGUGUGCAACUCUGUGCUAAA